AUGCAUACAAAUGAUCCAGAAUUUAAAAGUCAUUUUGCGCUGAAAGUAAAGUUAAAAGCGUUGCAUUUUUUUUGCGAGGACUUAAAGGACGUGUUAAAGCUAAAAUUCAGCAUUUACUAUGAUGGCGAAGAGGAGAAGAUUGUCCGCGUCUCCCCGGAGAGGGUUCGAGUGAUCGAGGUGUUCAACAGGGACUACAACACUAUGCUUAAGUCGACCAUAAACAAGUCCAUCUACCUACCCAUCGCGUGCCUAAGAGGGAAUUGUCCUCAGUUCAUUAACAUUAUUUGCAGCAUUGGCAAAGGGAAGGAGCUAGGCCUAAAGCUAUACCUUAACAAAAAUUAUGCCUUCUUAAAAUAUUAUGGCAGAAACAAACUAUACAGCAUAUACGACUGUGACAAUGGCAAUGUGCGAGGGCACCUGGAACUGGCUAUAGAUAUAGUCAACUGCAAUCGGUCCGUUCCCUACUUCGGGAAGGAGCCUUCCAAAAUGGGGAAGGACGACCACUAUAUUUUGGCAACUCAUGUUUCAGUUAGCAAAUUGUGGAAGGAGAUGGUACGGCACAAGACAGACAGGGAUGUCAACUCUUACGUAGAGUCUUUUAGAAUAAUGCAAGACGAUGCCUUAAGACGAGUUCCGCAGACGGGAAGGAAUACCCCCCUGAGCUUGUUCGGCGGCUCAGUCAAGCAUGCUUAUGAACAAGUGCCAAUUCCAUUAAUAUCUGCCUCGGAGUUAUUUAAUUAUUUCUACAUGGAGGUGUUACCUCUCUAUAAGAAGGGUAACUCAUCAUGGAUCAAUGUUGUUAACCAUGCAUACGACAUGUACCUGUACAGGCACUUCGAGAAAAAGGACAUGUAUGAAGAGAUCCGAGCCUGUGCACUCUUCUUCUACCUGGAAAGCGUGUUUGUUAAGGUGGCCGCAAGUUUUGCAAAAUCUGUUAUUAUCCAGGAGUAUACAAAGUACACCUCGCCGACGUACGUUGACAAGCUAUUUGCAGGGAAGCCAAACCAUAGGGUCCAGUUGGACGACGACUUUAAAUACCAGAAGAUAUCCGGGGAGGGCCCCUUGGAUGUUUUCAAGUUAUUUGACGGAGAUGAGGUGUACGUAACACAUGACUCUCAUGUGGUGGGAGAGGGGCUCAUAGGGAUUCUGAUUUUUGGGGAUCAUCAAACGGAUACGGAUCUCGCGUGCAAGACGUACAACCGAGAAAUAAAGGCGCAGCAGUGGAUAAACAAAGGCAUAGCCAAGAUUAAAAGUCAAAAUUUAAAGGGGAUAGCAAAGGAAUGUGGAAAAGACAGGAUGGAUGAAAGGGUUUCCUUAUCCUUGUUAUCUUUCAAUCUAAGCGCACUUGUAUCCUACAAGGGGUUCAAAAUGUAUGUCAUUCCGUCCCCCCCCUUGCCGCUGACGGUUAGGAGACUCGACGCGGUCAAUGCUGAUCUCAAGAACGAAUUGAGAAUUCUGGAAAGGGCCAUCCCCACUUAUGGACUGUUGACACAUGUGAAGGGGAAGAAAGCAUUCUUGAUGGAGUAUCAUUCAGAGGACAAUUACGUUUUCUACAAUAUUAACACUAUGUUCGUUGGGGUGAAGAAGAGGCAUUUCCCCAUUUUUGAAGAACCACAGAGGGAAACAUCUGACAUUAAGGAACAGAACAAUCACAUGUGUUACAGAGAAAAAUCUUUUUACUCCAAUGACAUGAAGGUGAGAGGGGAUCUUGAUAUGUACUGUGAAGAAGAAGAGAUAGAUGGGUGGGGUAGAGGUACACAUGGGAAGAACGUAGAAAACUACAUUGAACGGGUCUUAAGGGAGAUUGAGAAUCUAUCCUUUAAUAUCCCAUUUGAUAGUACCUCUUUAAAAAUGUACUUGCAUGGAAGAGGGUUAAAAAUGAAACACCUUGGAAAGAUGCUCAGCUGCGUAUCUCUCAGAUGGCUAUACGAUAUGGUUGUAAAUGAAAUUUUAAUUCGUUGUAUUAAAAAGUAUGUCUAUAUAUGCAUGCGUGAGAUCUGCUUGUUUUGUAAAAGGAGAGUGAGUCAAUACGAUGGAUUGCUUGGUAGGCAAUUUUCCGCAGAUAAUUCACAUGUAGAGUUAGACUACUCCGUGGUGUCAGAAUUGUUAAGUGAUGAGGUAGGCCAAAUAAAAGGGGAGGCAUCAAUGUCAGAUUGUUACGAUUCAGAUGGAUAUGGAUCGACCUGCUCUGAGAUGUCUUAUCUUCAUAGCGACGAUACGACGGAGGGUACCUCUGAAUGGGGUUACACUCAUUAUGAGAAAAGGAAGAGAGAAACAAAACGGGAGCUUUGCUCAAGGAAGAAGGCACUAAAGUCAUUCAUAGGGAUGAGGAAGGUACUUAGUAGGAAGGUUCUACUGAGGACUCACUUGGAAAGCGUUCUGAGGAGAGCUGUCCAGCCAAUCGGCGAUUCUUCCAAUUGGGGAAGCAACUCAAAUGGAGGAAAUUCCCUUUUGAAUAAGCUCCUAAAUUUUGACCGUUUCAAAAAGCAUAGGAACGGAGACAUGUACAUAUUAAAAAGGAAAAAGAUGAAAGGAGAUAUAAAAACUGUGAGAAAAGAAUACAGAGGAAAUGUAACCCUAAUCGAUAUGUUUGUUGUUAAUAUGUUCAAUCUGAUAUUCGUAGAGGAGAGUGGAGUAGACGGGGAUCUCCUAUCAGUUCUGCAAACCAUGUGUGCAAAGUUUUUCCACACCAAUGUAGACAACUCGGUAGAGGCAUCUCAGAAGAAUUACCUGUACUCAAACUUGCAGCCUUGUUUAGGAAUCUCCUUCUACCGCGCAUCUUUCGAUCAGCGAAACGGGAAAAGGAACCAACAUAAUGGGAGAUUUUUCUUGCACGACCUGAAGGCAUAUAGCACAAAAAUUAAGAGUUCCCUAAAUGUUACAUACAUGGAUUUGCCAACAUAUAAAUAUACGCAACGACAUGAAAGGAUACCUCUCCACAUAGUCAGAGAAAAUAAAAAAAUACUGUCUCAUGCUAUUCUUUUUACAAUAAUGUAUUAUCACCACCUCAGUGCCAGUAACGAGGUGAACACCACGGAGUACUUCCUGAAGGGGACUCGUUUCCCUAGAAUGGAAAGCUGUGACGAGGAAGACUUAACCAGUCGACAUGAUGGGACAUGGACAGUCAAGUUAAGCAGAUUCAUUUCGUUAAAAGACAAUGUAACUUUUUAUAGUGAAUCCAAUUAUCUACCUCUUUAUGGAUUCCUAAAUAUGGUUGCUAUGGGUAUACAACUUGGCUUCUUUGAAAGUACUUUAAAAAGGCUUAUUGCUCUUUUUCGAUGCAUACCAGAGGAUAGUAUCAUCUCCGUGCACGUUCGAAUUAUGUGGUUGUACAUGUAUGCUUUGAAAGGAAGGUACCUUCGGGGGGGAUAUAUCCUGGGGGAUGAAAAGCCUAUCGAGAACAUGGUAGAGGAAUCUUAUAAGGCGGGUAACAGAAGAUGGGUGCCUUAUCCCUUCCGGAAGAAUUCCCUAGAUGAAGAAUCCACACAAGGUAGUUUCAUUUCCGUGUCCAGCAGGGGAGUGUUCCUUCAUGACGACGAGACGACUUCUCAGUACGCGAAUUACUCUGCUUUCAGCGACCUUUGGAGUGACCCGUCGGAGAGUGGAUUUAGACAAAUGGACCACGGUGAGCAUUUCGAUUUGAUGGAUGAGGAUGAGGAGACUGACUUUCACUCUGUAGACAAACUGGAUUUGUACAAGGGUACUCAAGAAUAUUGUUCUGUCAUUUUGAAUAACUACUUUGUCUUCUUCCACCCUCUCCACCUGGAUUUCUACCUCUCUCUGGCAUGGUAUAACCGCAGCGUGAAGAACUAUCGGGAGUUCCUGCUGCUCCUCCGAACAGCCAUUUUUCUGCAGCUGAAAAUGAGGAUGAAGAAUCAGCCGGGGGAAAGGAUCGAAGAUAUGGUGAACCUUACGGAUAAUUUUGAAAAUCUCGUUUACCUUAAUUUUAAGGUUUCUUCUUAUAGGGAUAGAGGGUUGAAGAAGGAAAAGGAAUACAUGGUCCUGGAGAGGAUUCGAAAUGUGUCUAGCUUUUUUCUGAACAGUAUAUGCUACCCCCAUGAGGAUUCAUUUCUACAUGCUACCUUAGAGACGACGAUGAAGUACUGCUCUGUGUAUAGCAUGCGCCUGGGUUUCACUGUGCACCAUUUUGUGAACUCAUUAUUUUAUUACUACUACACGAAUACGAUUAUUAGAAAAUACAGAAAUGAAAACUUUAUCAUGAAUGGGUCUCUCUGUUGCAUCUCCGUUUUGGAGCAUGUGCGUGGCGUGUAUCAGUCGUUUGGUGAAGACAAUGUGUAUGUAGGUGAAGCAUCCCUAGACUUGGCACUGAUGGCUUUGAAAACUUACUUUACCGAGAUGCCCGAGUUUGGUUGGAACUGUGUCAUGGCAUACUCGCUGGCGAAUGCACAGCGUGCGGCGGAGAUCUUCCGUCGAAACCUCGGAAUAAACCACCCGGAUACUUUGCACAGCCACUAUGUACUCAGCCUCGUCUACAUGUACCUGGACAGUGAGAAGUGUCUGCAUAUAUUCGAAGAAAUAAUUUACCACCUCCUCAAUUAUAAAUACACGUAUGGAGAGAAAAACAUAUUGAAUCGGGUCUACUGCUAUGUGCCAGAUUUUGUCUUAACAGACCAAGGAGUUGACUCCAGAAGGAGGAUCCCCAAUGGAUGUAGAAUCAAGUGGUAUCUUUUACACUCUUGGUUUAGCAUUUCUAUGCCUAUUAAAUAUCUGAAGAAAAUCCGAAGAAUUUUAUUUCUGCUUGUUUCUGUGGAGCGGUGUAGAAGGAGAAGGAGUAAAAUCGGAGGGAGAAGAGGCUCAAACAAACGAGGUGAUCGCUUUGAAGACGAAUGGGUUAAGAAACAUGAUGACUUCCUCCGUGGGAAUGUCUUGUGGGCCUGUUCAAAGGAUAUCGAUGAAGAAUACCUAUUCCCGUAUGAACAACUUCUCUCCUGCAUACGUGGAUACAGGCACAUAUUCCCACUAGAACGUUUGUUUAGCCAAAUGGAAGAAUAUAACGAUCUGCUCAAAUUUAAUAAGAAUGUGGUUGAUAGGAGAACAAGUAGGAUGAACCAAUGUGAACACGGAAGGGGGGUUGCGUCAGUGAAGGUUACUCAUAAUGAAGAUGACAUUCGAUUAUUACCUUUACUUUUAAGCAGAGUUGACACAGAGCAGAACAAAAAGAAAGAAGCCUUUUUAUAUGGCUUUGUAAAAAGUUCUAUGAAACAUAAAAAGGAUUUUGCCAAUUAUGUGCACCAUCCUGAUUUUAGGAAUGACGAGGCUGUGGAAAAUUAUAUCAUGAGGGAGACCCAAGAAGGCACUAAAAAGAGGAGAAAAAAAAGCAUUACAGAUUAUUACUUAAAAAAGUUAAUAAAAAUGGUAGAACAGCAAGUUGAAUUUCUUUACAAGGAGGAGAAAUACAAACACGAUACGAAACUACAUUUAUCCAGUCGGACAAAUAAAGGGUGUACAAGUCUGUCUUCACAGAUGGGAAAGAGGAGCAAUCCUUCCGUGGUGAACAAGGAUGUGCAUGUCCUCAUGAGUUUGUUAUAUCACUUUCUCAACGUGGAGAAGUUUCACCUGCUCUAUUCGCGGGCGGCGGACGGGGAAUUAUUUUCCCGUGGGGUGUAA